CUAAGCCAUAUGUGAAUCAUACCCGACCCGAAAAGAAAUCUCACACUCGAUAGUUUAUUGGAUAUGGUUUCCGUUACACGUCGAGUAUGAUCAAACGUCUGUGAGUCUAAUAAAUCGGUUCGAGUGCCUAGCUGGACUUUCAUGUAUCUUCUGUUUAAUUCAAUGGAUUGAAAUGGAUAGGAUUUUUAAUGAUAAUGAUGAAAGGAUCAUUUUGUUAACAUAUUUUCAAAGUCAAACAAAACGACCGAAGUUAAACUAUGACCAGUUUGGAUAAUUACCCGCCAUUUUCGCGGUCCGCCCACCUUCCCUAGUUAUUAUAUCUACUAAUAAUCCAUCGCCAUCUUGAUUCUUGCCCCUUGGGGGAAGAGAAAUGAUGGCGAUGAAGAUAGUGAUCGAUACAGAGACCGGGCAAGAACCCAUAUCUCCCCUUCCUCUGAUCCCGCCUGCUCAAAGUCCGACUCUUUUUCCUCUGCUUCCAGAGCUCCACAAAACCCGACGACAUUCAUGGCGGCGACCACAAGCUCCGACGAGUCGAAUCCCCUCUUAGAAGGCCGCCGACAGGAAGCCGAGCAGAGGAGCGGAUGGUGGCCGACUAGCAUCAACGAUGUGCUGGACAUUGAAGAAGCCAAGACCCAGAUCUUGUUUUCACUGCCCAUGAUCCUCACCAACGUUUUCUUCUACCUCAUCCCUCUAGUCUCCGUCAUGUUCGCCGGCCACCUCGGCGAGCUCCACCUCGCCGGCGCCACCCUUGCCAACUCCUGGGCCACCGUCACCGGUUUCGCUUUCAUGACAGGGCUAAGUGGAGCUUUGGAAACACUCUGCGGUCAAGAUUUUGGAGCGAAGCUGUACAGAAAGUUGGGGAUCCAUCUCCAAGCUUCCUGCAUCAUAUCAUUCCUCUUCUCUGUCGCAAUUUCUGUGAUCUGGUUCUACACGGAGCCGAUUUUGAUCAUUCUAGGGCAAGACCCCCAAAUUUCAUCCAUGGCUGCUCUGUACAUGAAGUACCUCAUCCCAGGAGUGUUUGCAUAUGGGUUUCUGCAGAACAUUCUAAGGUUCCUUCAGACGCAGUCUGUUGUUAUGCCUCUUGUCCUGUUCUCGAUGUUGCCAGCCUGCAUUCAUAUAGGCCUUGCUUAUGCUUUGGUUUACUUAACCCCGCUUGGUUUCAUUGGGGCUCCAUUGGCAGCUGCAAUUUCCUUGUGGGUUAGUUUCGUUGCCUUGGCUUUGUAUGUAGGGUUUGGGAAGAGAUUUGAGCAGACCUGGAGUGGGUGUUCGUCGGAAUCGUUCGAUUAUGUUGUGGUAGCACUCAAAUUGGCUCUUCCUUCUGCUGCCAUGGUAUGCUUGGAAUAUUGGGCUUUUGAGAUUCUGAUUUUCUUAGCCGGGGUGAUGCCGGAUUCUGAAAUAUCAACAUCUUUGCUUGCUAUGUGCGUAAACACAGAAACCAUUGCCUAUAUGCUCACAUACGGUCUUAGUGCAGCAGCAAGCACGAGGGUGUCUAAUGAGUUGGGAGCUGGUAACACGAGUCGCGCUAAGAAUGCCAUGGCAAUGACUCUCAAGCUCUCUGUGCUGCUGGCCCUGGUGGUCGUUUUGGCUCUAGGGCUUGGCCGAAACGUCUGGGCUGGCUUCUUCAGCGACAGCAGUGAGAUAGCUGCAAGGUUUUCAUCCAUGGUGCCAUUGCUUGCCAUCUCCAUAACGCUCGAUUCAGUGCAAGGCGUUUUAUCAGGAGUGGCUAGAGGAUGCGGAUGGCAGAAUAUGGCGGUGGUUGCUAACUUAGCGACGUUCUACUUCAUUGGCAUGCCUAUUGCAUGUGUUCUUGGGUUCAAGUUGAAGUUAUAUGUGAAGGGAUUGUGGAUAGGCUUGAUCUGCGGUCUUACCUGCCAAGCUAGCACACUUAUGUUCAUUACACUGCGAAUGAAAUGGACUAAGAGCGAUUUUUCAACGCCCAGAGACCAUGAAAAUCAGAUAGCAGCAGCUUAGUUAUGUAGCUGCAGACUUUGAUGUCAAAAUAAAAGCUACCUACUAUA